UAGUAGUAGACUUAGGGGUGUGAAUCGGGUAACGACAAGAGGCAAGUUGAGGGAGCCGACUGUCCACUUCAUAACGGGUCAUCACUUAAUAAGGAGGAGGAGGAUGUCUGUUUCUGCUCUUCGGAUGAUCCGCUGCCGGAGACUAAGUACAACUGGCUCAGGCGUGAAACGAUUACUUCCGUGGAAGAACAUAAGAAAGAUUGCUAAAGUGACCGGGGCCGUUGUGUUGGGUGGCUGUGUUUUUAUCACUUAUGAGGUUGUGUCUUUGGACAAGGCCGUGACAGUUGACACUCGGGCAAUUCUGCAGGAGAAAUACAAGUCCUACAUCUAUCUGAAAGCCACUCCCUGUAAUGAGCAGGAGAACCUUGCCACAGGACUUACACACAAAGCAAGGAGAGAGCUUCAUAAAGCAGCAAGACGCUUUCUGGAAGUAUCCUCAAGGAUUUUUAUGCAGCCACUUGAUGAGCACUUCACCCAUCUGGAUGCCGACCCUCAUGAGGUGGCAUUGUGGGUGUUGCUGAAGAGGACAAAGUCAGCUGCUAAGGCUGUCAGAUUACAGGCUGUCCAAGAACUUGCAGACAACCACCACUGGCAUGAGUAUCAAUACCAGACAGCAGCCCAGGUUAUAGACCAACGGACAGCAUUGGGUUUGGCCCGAACCCCUCAGGUGGACCUGCGUUUCUUCCUGUCCCCACCGGCACUGGCUGACCUGGAGGAUGGUUUCUCAAUAGAGGAUGGCCUAAGACAGCUUCUGGCAUCUUUGCCCCAAUCUGAUGUGGACAAAUGUGUUCAGUACUUUACCUCUCUUGCCCUGAGAGAGAGCAGUCAGUCUCUGGCAGCACAACGGGGUGGUUUGUGGUGUUUUGGUGGAAAUGGACUGCCCUACGCCCAGAGCCUCACAUCUGUUCCAUCUGAGAAAGUGGAAUCCUUCUGUCUACAGGCACUUGUGCAGCACUCAAAGGUCCAAAGUCACUGUGACCACAUUGUCAACAAUGGUGGUCUGCAGCUCCUCCAGAGGGUCUACCAGCUCCGUAGAGACUCCCAGAAGAUUCAGAGGAACAUCGUCCGCAUCAUUGGAAACAUGGCACUCAAUGAAAGUGUACACCAAGCCAUAGUACAGUCUGGCUGGGUGUCUGUUCUGGCUGAGAUGAUGCAGUCUCCUCAUGUGAUGCAGGCAUCUCAUGCAGCCCGUGCUCUAGCCAACCUGGACAGGGAGACAGUGAGGGAGAAAUACCAGGAUGGAGUCUAUGUCCUCCACCCACAGACACGAAACAACCAGCCAAUCAAAGCAGACGUGCUGUUCGUCCAUGGUCUUCUAGGGGCUGCCUUUAAGACAUGGCGACAAAAGGACCUUGAUAGUACAGAAGAGGAGAAAGAACCAGGGAGUAGGGAGGACUACACAGAGUGUUGGCCAAAGUCGUGGUUGGCUGCAGAUUGUCCAAAUCUGAGGGUACUGUCAGUGGAGUAUGACACUCACCUGAGUGACUGGAAAGCCAAAUGUCCUGCUGAGAAUCAGAGGAAGUCCUUGGCCUUCAGGAGUCGAGAGCUACUGAAAAAGCUGAAAUCAGCGGGAGUAGGAGAAAGGCCCGUAAUCUGGGUAGCACACAGCAUGGGAGGGUUGCUGGUGAAGAAGAUGCUGACAGAUGCUUUGGAUGACCCAGAUAUGAAUGAGCUGAUAAAGAAGACUAAGGGUGUUAUGUUCUACAGUGUGCCUCACCACGGCACCUACAUGGCUGAGUACUCCGUCAAUGCCAGAUUUCUCCUGUUCCCCUCCAUAGAGGUCAGAGAACUCUGUAAAGAUUCCCCAGCACUGCGUGACCUAAAUGACAAAUUUGUGAGCAUGGUAAAAGAGCAGGAAUUCAAGGUGUUGAGCUUUGCUGAGACAGUUCCUACAAACAUUGGCCCCAUGAUCAAGAUACUGGUUGUUCCAACACAGUCAGCAGACCUUGGCAUUGGGGACUUAAUUCAGGUGGAUGUGGAUCAUCUCAACAUCUGCAAGCCAGAGAAGAAAGACUCAUUCCUCUACAGGCGCAGCCUCCAAUUCAUCCAGGAAGCACUUCAGGGUUACAUCAACCACUGACACAGACUCACUGACACAAACGCGUUAACAAAACCUACACUUGAAACUGGGGAGAAAAGAAUAAAAAAACUCCCCCAGGACAAUUGUAACAUUGCUGCUUACCCUUGUUGCACAUUUGAAAGAACCACCACAAAUGAUGGUUUGUUUUAAAAAAGAUGUAUUUUAUGUAUUUAUUAACACUUUGUCACCCAAUAUUAUCAAAAGUACAUGGUUACAGUGAAGGAACACAAGGUGCUUAUUGCUGUGCUCCUGUAGUCAUCCUCUCAUGUUGGUCACCCACUUCUUAAAAUAAUGGAUGAGUUUCCUUUAAAAGAUUUUAAACAUCAUCAUGACUAUGUUUAUAAAAAAAAGAUAUAGGUGAUGGGAGAUUAUUUAAUUUUUCGGGCUCUUACCCACUAUCAUUUUAUUGAUCGUGUCCAUUCAGACUGAGUACCAAUCUAUAUAAUAAACAUACAAUACUGUAUCUGGGAUGCAUUGUGCUGUGUUACCACUCCUAGUGUUCAGUAUAUGUUUUUUUUACCGGGCGCAUGGCUUAAACUUGUCUUUUUUUCUAUUUCAUGUAUUCUAUCCCAACCGUUGUAUAAAAGUAAUACUUUGUGCCAUAACAUGUUCUCCACACUCCUUACCUCAGAUGCACCUGUAUUAAAAUUAUAUCUCGGGUUGCUUUAUUUAAAAAAAAAAUUUAAUAUCACAAAUCAGGUGCUUGCACUUUAACCUCUAUAUUGGUUAUUUCCAAUCAUAUACAAAUUACUGACGUGUAAACUUUUACGCUUCAUUUAACGUUAAACAUUUUAUAAAUUGUGCACUGCCCUUUAAAAUAAAGAAGCUG